GUACCACUUCCGGGUUUUUGUCGAAUCAGCUGAAUCCGGUUUUAACGUAAAUUCAGUUCACAUGUUUCACAACCGGCAGUUUGACGGUUACGUGUGUGAUCAUCACGGAGGACGCGAGGAGACCGGAGAGGUGGUUCUGAGUGAAAGAUGUCGGGGCUGCAGUGCAUUGUGGGAGGACUGCGUGGAGGAGGAGGACUCCUGAGAAGUCUUCAUCAGGUCCAGAAUCUGAGUCUGAGCUCAGAGCGUCUUCUCCUCAGACCGUACGGACCUCGUCCUCCUCAGCAGCGGUUCCAGUCUCAGGACCAGAACCGGUCCGGUUCAGCGGCGAAGCUGAAGCUGAGGACUCGCCUGGUGGUGACGCUGCUGUUCGGUGGCGGCGUGCUCGGCGCCUGGUCCUACGUUUACCUGGAGAAGCAGCAGAAGCUGCGGCAGCAGCGUGUGGAGCAGCUGCGGCAGGUGGCUCUGGGUCAGGGGAACUACAGCCUCCUGGACCACAGGGGGCGCCGUAGGACCAAGUCGGACUUCCUGGGCAGUUGGGUGCUGCUGUACUUCGGCUUCACACACUGUCCCGACAUCUGCCCCGACGAGCUGGACAAGCUGAGCGCCGUGGUGUCGGCUCUGGACCAGGAACCGUCGCUGCCACCGGUCCAGCCCCUCUUCAUCACCGUGGACCCGGAGCGGGACGACGUGGCAGCGCUGGCCCGGUACGUCAAAGACUUCCACCCCCGUCUGAUCGGACUGACGGGCACGCCAGAGGAGGUGAAGCACGCGGGGCAGGACUACAGGGUGUACGCCAACGCCGGACCCAAAGACGAGGACGGGGACUACAUCGUGGACCACACCAUCCUGAUCUACCUGAUCAGUCCUGACGGGCUGUUUCUGGACUACUACAACAGGACCAAGACCCAGGAGCAGAUCACAGACAACAUUAGGAACCACAUGAAGAACUACGUCCAGAUCACAGGAAACUAGAACGUGGACCCGGGUUCAGUCAGAGUUCCUGAACUGUGGCAGCUCCUGAAUCUUCAGACUCUUUACUGCAGAUCAUGGUUCUGUUGUUUAAACCAGACUCAUCUUCACUAAUAAAUAUUUAAAUCUCUGAA